AUGCAGGACCUCAUCGACCAUUUACCCAAAUUGCCUGAAAUCCAACAACAAAAACUCACUAUUCCUGAAUUCGACGAAAUAGAAGUCAAAGCAACUGACUCAGUAGAAAUAAAGAAGUUCAUACGAAAGGUAAACUAUGAGUUUCUAGGAUUUCAUUGCAACCAUAAGGUUAUGGACAAAGAUUGCGACAUGGUAUAUAAGAAUGUUUCUGACAUAUAUAAAUCUGAAGAAUUUAAGACCUACGACAACUUUGUUUCGUUAGUUGCUGAAUGUGUAUGGCAGAUAAGAGAUAAAGAUAGAAGAGGCAAAGUAUGGAACAAACAAAUAAGACCCGCUAUGUUUGAGAUGAAGAGAGCAAUUGACGCUUUAGUUGUUUUAGCUGGUAAGGUUUCAGAAUAUAACGCAAAAAUGAACCCGCAAUGUUCUAAAUGUAAAGCAGCAAUGAGGAAAUAUAACUACUCCGUCAAAGAGAUAGAACGUAUGAGAAACGACUAUGCAGACUUAAAGAAAGAAGCAGAGAAGCCGGUAGAAAAUAAAAUGGACAUGUUAGCAUUUCUGAACAAAAACUAUCCAACAGCAGAAGAUUUCCUUCUAUCUGACGUCAAGAAGAAAUAUAAAGAAACCUUCGGCAUAGUUAAAACAUUCGAUGUACUAAAAGAAGAAAUAGAGGCUACAAAACUGUUUAGGAUUUCAAAUAUACAUCGUACAAUUCAUGUAAAACGCUUGUGA